AUUUAUUAGACUCUUGAUAUGCUGGAGAAGAAAGAGAAAGUGUUAGAGAAAAAAGCAGCUGGUGAGCUUGAGAAGGCCAAGGAUUUCUCAAAAGCAAAGAAUAAAAGAGCUGCUAUCGCAUCAUUGAAGAGGAAAAAGAUGUAUGAGCAGCAAAUUGAGCAGCUUGGGAAUUUUCAGUUGAGAAUUCAUGAUCAGAUGAUCAUGUUAGAAGCUGCCAAAGCUACGACAGAGACUGUUGAUGCAUUGAGGACUGGAGCUAAAGCUAUGAAAGCAAUGCAACAAGCAACAAAUAUCGAUGACGUUGAUAAGACUAUGGACGAAAUUAACGAACAGACUGAAAACAUGAAACAAAUACAAGAUGCUUUGUCAGCUCCUAUUGGAGCAUCUGCUGAUUUUGACGAGGAUGAACUGGAAGCAGAGCUGGAAGAACUGGAGGGAGCAGAGUUGGAAGAACAACUACUGGAGCCUAUACCUUACCAUCCGGUGCAUGUCCCAGACAACAGGCAACAAGUUCGUCCUGUUCCACAGAAAGCAUCAGCUGAGGAGGAUGAGCUUGCUGCACUGCAAGCUGAAAUGGCAUUGUGAUCAGGUUUCCAGUGAAGAGUUAAAAUGUACAAAGGAUUUGCUGUAUGCUACGUGGUCGCAAGCUGAGUCUAGCUGUGUGUAUAAUCUUGGGUGGGAGAUAUUGGUGAGCGUGGCAAGAAAAGGCUGCUCCAGUCCAGUGUUAAUUUUGUUAAGACUGAUUUUCUCAGUUAAUGUGGCUCGGUCAGCUCCAUCCAAGUCGUUAUGCUAUGCUCAUUGUUGUCGCACACUAUUUUUCAUUGACCCCUAUUAUAUGGUGCCAUGUAAAACAAGUUUCAACGCAUAAAUCCCAUGCUUCAAAA